AUGUCUCCCAAAGAUACGAAUCUACCGACUAUUGUUAUAUUAGCCACCGGUGGUACCAUUGCUGGUGUAUCAAAUAUGAAUGAACCGUCUGAUUCUUAUGAUGCAGGUGUACUUACCGUCAAAGAAUUGCUAAAGAGUGUGCCUAACAUUGGAAAUAUUGCUCGAAUUCAGACAAAACAAUUGACAAACAUCGAUAGUAAAGAUAUGACGAUCGAAAUAUGGAAGAAGCUUGUCAAAAAUACACAUGAGCUUCUUAAACAACCCAGUAUCGAUGGUAUUGUUGUCACACACGGUACUGAUACACUAGAAGAAACGUCCUUUUUCACACAACUGAUUGUGAAUAGUGAUAAGCCUGUUGUGUUUACUGCUGCAAUGCGACCAUCAACAGCUUUAUCUGCCGAUGGUCCACUCAACUUAUUUAAUGCGGUGGUAGUGGCAGCGAGUCAAAACUCCAGAGGACAAGGAGUAUUAGUCGUGAUGAAUGGUAAGAUUUUUUCUGCAUAUGAUGUAACAAAAACGAAUACUUAUUGUGUCGAUACAUUUUGUUCGCCUGAAUUCGGUCCACUUGGAAGAAUUGAAAAUAGUCAAGCACAUUAUCAACGUAGUAUGAGGAAUACAAAUUCGAAUGGAACAUCGCGUCGAUUUGAUAUUAAUACAUUAUCUAAUUUACCUCGGGUCGAAAUCGUUCCAAGUUAUGCACAACCAUCACGAAUAGUGAUUGAUGCACUUGUAAAUGAUGGCUGCAAAGGAAUUGUUAUUGCUGGUACUGGCAACGGAACCAUUCAUGAAAUACUGCACGAGGCAGCAAGAAAUGCAGCGAAAAGAGAUGUGACGAUUGUACGUGCAUCACGUGUUUGUUAUGGUAGUGUGGCACAGAACAUAGACUAUGAUAAUGUUGGCUUUCUUCGUGCUGGCAGGCUCAAUCCAUGGAAAGCACGUAUACUUCUAAUGUUGAUACUGGCAUCCAAUAUCACCGAUUAUGCUGAGCGUCAACGCAUUUUUGACAGCAUUUAA